AUGCUGAAGACUCGCGAUAUGGUGUUGUACUCCCUGCCAGCGGCCGCAGCAGGUUACAUGUUGUCCCUUCUUGGUCUUUACGUCAUGAAAUACUCCACUGACGUAUUGCUGAUCACACCGGCCAUUAUGGGCACCAUUUUUGGGUUAUCGCGCAUCUGGGAUGCGGUGACCGAUCCGCUGGUUGGUUACCUGAGUGACAAAACACGGCUUAACUUCGGGCGCCGGCGCAGCUGGAUACUGAUUGGUGCCAUUCCAGCCGCGCUGGCCUACUACAUGUUGUUUGCCAGCCCUGCUGAUCUCAGCGAGACCGAAGCGGCUUUGUGGAUGGGCGUGGCGGUGUUUGCUUUUUAUACCGCCAUGACCUCAAUCAUGGUGCCGCAGCUGUCCUGGGGCGCGGAGCUGUCCAAGGACUAUUUCGAGCGCAACAAAAUUUACGGCAUCCGCCAGGCCGGCAUCGUGGUGGGGGGCAUAUUCGGUCUGCUGACCGUGGGGUGGCUGACCUCCGUAGAAACCACAGACCUGAACGCCGUGAGAGAACUGGCGCCUUCUAUUGCAAUCUACGCAGGCAUAGUCCUCAUUGUACUCUGCACAGUGACAGUACUGACGCUGAAGGAGAGCGCCGCUGACAUUCAGCCGCCCUCUCGCGGUAUAUUUGGCGCAGGCGCCGACGUUGGCAAAAACCGCUACGCGCGCAUUCUACUUAUCGUCACUUUCAUCGAAAACAUCGGCGGCGCUGCCAUUGGUGCAGCCGCCCUGUACGUGGCGCAAUAUGUCAUGGGUAUGGUCGAGAUUGCGCCUUAUUCCAUCAUCACUUAUAUGGUCACUUCGACCCUCGUCAUCCCCGUGUGGGUACGUCUGGCGAAACGCUUUGGCAAAGUCAAACUUUGGUUCUGGGCCAUGAUCGGCACGGCCAUCUCUUUUGGCGGCAUGUUCGCGCUGGCAUUUAUCGAAUCUACAACCGCACAAGUCACCUGGCUGAUGUUCCUAUCCGUCAUGUGCGGCAUAUUUGCUGGCUGCGGCAAUACCAUCGGCCCCUCUGUUGCCAGCGACGUUAUCGACUAUGACGAACUGAUGACCGGGGAGCGCAAGGAAGGCGUCUAUUUUGCUGCGUGGAAUUUUGCUUUAAAAAGCGCAAGCGGCGUAACCCUCAUGUUUACCGGAUUUGUCCUCAGCGCGGCAGGGUUUGUCCCCAACGAAGAGCAGAGCCGCGUUGUGGAGCUGGCAAUGUGCGCGCUCCUGGGCCUGUUUCCGCUGGUCUGUUAUCUGAUUGGCGCGGCAUUGUUCAGACAAUUCGAUCUUGACGAGGCCGCCCAUGCGGACAUUCGCGCCCAGCUGGAUGCACGAGAUCGCGCAUCUUUUGACGCGGUUUUCACGAUCAGCGUGUUCAGCUGCGCGAUCUGCCGAGCAAAGUUUGUCCUGUCUGCGAUCGGCCAUUCACCUGGCGUCGGAAGUGGCAGCUGGUCUGGGCGGACGUUCGAUACUGCUCUGAACGUUGUCGUAGACAGCGUCGGCAAUCUGCAGAGGUUUGAGAUGGACUGGUCACCAACACGCGACGCUGGACUCGCCCGCCUGGGCGCUUUUGCACCUCUGGCUGGUCAGCAGUAUCGGGCCAAGCGCAACGAGGAUCGAGGCCCAGGCCAACAUCAACUAGUGUCGGGUCUGUCCCCUUACUUGCGUCAUCGCUUGCUGUUAGAUCAAGAAGUACUGGAAGCUGUGAUUGCACACCACACUCCCGAUCAGGCGGCGAAGUUCAUCGAGGAAGUCUUCUGGCGCAGUUACUUCAAAGGCUGGCUCGAACAUCACCCCGGUGUCUGGACAAGCUACCUCAGCGACUGUGAACAACUGCGCAAGACGAUGAAACAAGACCCGGCGCUACGCUCAGCGUACAGUGAUGCCAUUUUAGCGCGAACCGGGAUUGCACCUUUUGAUGCCUGGGUUGCAGAAUUGCGGGCGACCGGCUAUCUGCACAAUCAUGCGCGUAUGUGGUUUGCCAGUAUCUGGAUCUUCACCUUGGGCCUGCCCUGGCAACUGGGUGCACAAUGGUUUCACUACCACCUUCUGGACGGAGACGCCGCCUCGAAUACUCUCAGUUGGAGAUGGGUAGCGGGCCUGCACACAAAAGGCAAAACCUACCUGGCUCGAGGGGACAAUAUUCGGCGUUACACCACACAGCGUUUCAGCCAGGACAGUGGUUCUGAUUCCCUCAAAGGUCUUGAACGGCUCGCAACGUCUGCGCCAGCUUUGACGGAAGAUUCUGAGAUCACCAGACCUCAAACACCAACCUGGCCCGACUCCUCGACCCCGGCCCGUGGCGGCCGCAUUGGCUUGCUCCUGCACGAUGAAGACAUGUCUAUUGAUGCCCCUCUUAGACCUGAGGCAAUUGCGAUGCUCGCGCCACAACGAACAGGGCGACGUCGUGCCUCGCGCAAAGUUGCCCGAUUCGGACUACACGCGGCGAUCAGCACCCUCACUCAGGCGAAUCUGGAAUCGUCCCAACUGCUGCGCUCCCAGCAAGCAGCAAUGCAAUGGAUUAAGGACGCCAACAUAGACCGGCUGCUGGUACCCUACGUGCCACAGGGCCCAUCUCAGCGCCGAAUGCACAUAAUGUUAGAUCAAGCUGAACGCCUGGGUAUCGAAACCGAGUUUUUCAUACGCCCUCUAGACCGGCUGGUUUGGCCGUAUGCAAAAAAGGGUUUCUUUGCACUGCGCAAGCGCAUCCCCGGAAUUCUCGAAAGCCUGGGAAUCACACCGCCACGACAAGGUGAACUGCUACCCCUCUGA